UUUGAGUGUUAUGCUCAUAAAGGUGCUUCCGAUGAAGACUGAGUGGCAAAGCAUGGAAAACUGAUAGAAAAUCAAGGUAUUUCAUCAACAGCUGGUACAAGUCAUAAGAUUGUAAAGCCACUUCAACAGCUGUAAAAAGAGAGAAUUCAUUGAAGCGGGAAGUUGGUCAUGUCAGACUUGGGUACAACAGAUAGCAUAGAGGAAUGUGAAAAGGAGGCUGGCCAAGAGCAAGAUGGGACCCAGGCUGAAGCCCAGGACAAGGAGGAUGAGACCCAGCAGAGGGAAAAUGAGGCCCAGGACAGGGUAAAUGAUGCACUAAGGGAUGAUGAAAAGAGCCUCAAAGAAGGGGAAAAGGCAUCUAUAGAAACUGGGAAUGCCAAGGACCUUUAUGACUACACGAAACGAGAGGAAUUUACAUCAGAGAUUUACAAAAUAGAGAUAUGUAACCUGCCUCGUUUUGGAUUUAAGGAACUGAAAAAGAGGCUAGCUAAACUUGAUGUGAAACCUGUGAAGAUCAAAUCACUUCCCAGGGCCACCUAUGCCUUUGUAACAUUCAGAAAUGAGGAAGAAAGAGAAGCAGCUAUUUCAAAAAUUCAAGGACAUGUAUGGCGAGACAAGAAGCUAACAGCAAAGAAGGCCAGUGCAACUGCAGACCCAUUACUCAAAAAAAGAAAAGCUGAUGGUCACGGAGAUGGUGAACCAUUAGAGAAGAGAACCUGUUCAACUACUGAGAAAGAAGAUGAAAAUUUAUCACCUGAAGACAGAUUGAAGAAGGCCGUGAGCCCUUUGUGGAAUAUGCCAUAUGACGAACAGUUAAAGUUGAAAUCAGAAGAAGUUGGACAAAUGAUGAAAACUUAUGCCAAUCAGAUCUUCAAAAACAAUGUAGACCUCAGAAAUUGGUUAACAGAGCAAAGGAAGAAAUACAAUGGCCAUUGUUGUGACCUACUUCCAAUCAAGCCAUCUCCUGUUGAAAGUGGAUAUCGAAACAAGUGUGAAUUUACCAUUGGUCAGGAUGUGGACAAAAAUGAUAACACGGUUGGGUUCCGAUUUGGUCAGUACAAAGAUGGAACCAGCUCUGUUGGUGAGCCACACUGUCUGUCUAAUAUACCGGAUGCCAUGAAAACUGUUGUCAAGAGUUUCCAGAACUUCAUCAGAAGUGGUCCAUUUGGAGCCUUCAAUCCAGAGACACACACCGGGCACUGGCGAAUGUUGACGGUGCGAACAACACGCUCGGACGUCAUGGCCAUCGGUGAUUUUCACCCACAACAGUUGCCCCCUGAAGAAAUAGAGAAAGAGAAGACUAGACUUCACGACUACUUUUCCUCAGAGGAGGGAAGAGAAAGUGGCGUUACCUGCCUAUACUUCAGGGUAUACUCGGACAGGAUGACAGGCAACACAAGUGAGCCGUACAGACAUGUAAUGGGGAAAACUAACAUUGAGGAAACUCUUUUGGGCAUGAAGUUUGAAAUCUCUCCUGAUGCCUUUUUCCAAGUGAAUACACCAGGUGCUGAGGUUCUGUAUCAACAGAUCGCUGAGUGGUGUGGGGUUACCACGACAACCACUGUCCUUGACAUCUGCUGUGGGACAGGGACAAUUGGUUUGACCUUGGCCAAGAGAGUCUCCUCAGUGAUUGGGAUUGAACUUUGUCCAGAGGCAAUAGAAAAUGCAAAGAGAAAUGCACAGAUUAAUGACAUAACCAAUGCUACAUACCACUGUUGUAAAGCUGAGGACAUCAUCACACAGACAAUGAAAUCAAUAACUUCUGAUGAUGUCAUUGCCAUUGUAGACCCACCCAGAGCUGGCUUACAUACACAGGUCAUCAGAGCUUUGAGGAAUUCACCCUUUCUGAAGAAGAUUAUGUUUGUUUCAUGUAAUCCCAGAGGAGCUAUGAAUAACUUUAUAGACCUGGUCCGACAGUCUUCCAAGAAGAUGCGAGGUCAACCAUACAAGCCUGUGAAAGCCGUCCCAGUGGACAUGUUCCCUCAGACGAAACACUGUGAACUGGUUGUCCUAUUUCAGAGAGACACUUGUACUUAAUAAAAUGUGGAUUUUUA